ACUAGUGCUCUGGCUGGCCAAGCACGCGGCUAGCGGCCACUGCGGCGCGCGCAGCGGGGCGUCCAGUUCAACUCGGAUACUGCCCUCCCCACCACCAGUCCACCACAGGCUUUGUCGCCGCUGUUAGCAGAGAUCGCACGAUAUCGAUCCCUAAACUGCCCUUGCCGCUGCUGCUGGGUAAGCCGUGGAAACAGGGGUGGCGCGGUCAUUGCGCGCUCCACGCGCGUACUCGGCUCCAAUUAUAAUGCCGCGGCACGCCCCCACACGCCUUGUCCCGCUGCUCCCGCUUCACUGAACAAACGGCUCAGGGGACGCAGAGCCAGCCUAUGCAGCCGCCGCAGCCGGAGCCCGCGCACCGGCGGGCGUCGUCGUCCGCGUGCUCCACGGCGCCGAGGCGGGGCAUUGGGUGCAUGGCCGGCCUCCUCCGCCUCAUCUCCCCGUACCACCGCAGCCACCACCGGAAGCGCCUCACCGCCAAGCACAAUGCGGCGCAGGCCUCGGCGGCAUCGCAGCCGUCCUCGCCAACCAAAAAGGCGGCGGCGGCGGCCCCGGCGUCACCUGCUGUUUCUCCAGUCAAGCUGACACAGAAGCCGCAGCAGCCGGCUCCGGCUGCUGUAAGGCGGCGGCGGUCCUGCGACGCGCCGCGGAGCCCGACGAUCGCGCCGGAGCACCGGCGCUCCAGCUGCGACAGCCCCCGGCCGCCGCCGCCGGCCAUCGUGGCGCGCCUCAUGGGCCUGGAGGAGUCCGCGCCGCCCUCGCCCGCCGCCGCCGCGGCGCCGCGGCCGGUCGUCGUCCCGACCCGCCCGCCUCCUCCGCCCCCAGCGCCGGAGACGGCCGCGGAGAAGCGGCGGAAGCUGCUGGGCGCGCUGGAGAAGUGCGACGAGGACCUCAAGACGCUGCGGCGGAUCAUCGCGGCCGUCCGCGCCGCCGAGAUGCGCGCGGCCGCCGCGUCCGACGCCGCCCCUGCUGCAGCGGCGUCGCCGCCAGCAGGCAAGUGCGCCGCCAAGUGGAUGGUCAGCCGUGACGAGAAUUCGCCGUCCCCGUCCCCGCCGACGCCGACACCGCAGCACCACAAGCCACGCGCCGGCGAGCAGCAGCAGCACCCCAGCCCGGACUCGGUGCUGGACGCCAUCAGCUCCCCGAGAUUCCCAUGCAGGACGCGGCCGUCUCCGUGCACGGAUCACGACGCGGGCGGCAAGGCCGGUUGCAGCGGUAACGGCGCCGCGGCCCCCACCGCCGUCCGAUCGAAGAUCGUCAAACCCUCCCGCACCCUUGUUUUCACCGGCGACUACUGCAAGAUCAAGUCCUGCGACGAGUCAACGUUGCAGCUGCACCUGCACGCCGUCCAUUACCCAGUUCCACUGUUGGUGGGCAUGCCGAGGUCGGCCGGCGCGGAGAGCCGGCGGCACCACCGGCGGCGGUGGGAGCUGGAGGCCGCGGCGGCGGGGCGGGUGAUCAGCCGCGCGAUGGUGGAGAGCGUCGGGGAGGCAAUGUGGGGGCCGCCGCAGGGCGACGACGAGCAGCGCCGGGAGCGCGGCAGGGUCGCGGCCGCGCUGGAGCGCGCCAUCGUGGAGGACCUCGUGGCCGACCUCCUCACCGACCUGCUCGCGCAGUCCGGCCGCGGGCUCGGCACCGGGUGCAGGAAGAGAUUGCGCUUCUGACGCCGAACGGGGGCUCUCGCGUCGUCUUCUUGGGGUUUUUCUUGUCGCGUGCGUCGCAUGUGCUUGAAUUGGGCAGGUCAAGGUCCUGGGUUGUGGGGUGUGAGUCACUCUGUAGUACGAUAGGAAUUAACUGCCGCCGCUGCUGCUGCCAUGGAUGGCAGUCGCUACGCUACAGCUCGCCUGGGGUAGCUAGCUACCCCCACCUGAGAUCGGUGAAUGCUGAUCAUGGUAGUAUUAAAAGAGCUGAUUCGCCGCGGCGUCAGUUGUAGGUGGAGUAAUCAAUAAAACUAUAAAAGCAAGUGAUGGCAAGCAGCGGGUGCAUGCGCAAGUACAUAUUCCGCCAACAGUGUCGAUUGACGCCGACACCACCACCACCUCUCCUCUAGGAACAGUAGUCACCCUCCACGAAGUGCAGCAGCAGCAGUACACUACAGUCUAGGAUUUUGGCACCUUCAUCAUGCCUCGUGUUUGCUCGAAUUUCGCUCUAAUUUUUGCUAGUGGAGGUUUUGUAAUU